AUCACGAAAGUUCUAUGAAGUGAGAAGUAUGAUUUAUGAAUCUUAUUUUUAUUGUGUGAGCGAAUUUAGCAAUUAGCACUAGUGAUUAAAAUUUAGAUUAUGAACUGUUGUGUUUAGUUUUUGAAUGAAUUAUAGACAGCGCUGUAAAUAUUUAUGUAUUUAACAAUUAUACUGACCAAAUCACUAAAGUAAUAAUUUUUCAUAAUUCAUUUUAAUUUCUUAUAAAUAAUAUAGGAAUUACUACAACCAAUGAUGUCUAGGUUAGGUUCGCUCCAUCUAACAAAACACUCUGGUACCAAACAUACUGGAACAGUAAUAUUUUUCCAUGGAUCAGGUGCAACUGGUGAUCAUAUAAAGGAAUGGGUUCAAAUACUAUCAAAAAAUUUUUCCUUUCCUCAAGUCAAAAUCCUCUACCCAACUGCUCCAUUACAACCAUACACACCUGCAGGUGGCCAAAAAAGCCAUGUUUGGUUUGAUCGGAUGGAUAUUAGCCCAAAUGUACCUGAAGUAGAUAACUCACUAGCAGAAAUAGAAGUGGAGGUGCGGAAUCUCAUAAAAAAAGAAACAGAAUCUGGAAUUCCUGUCAGCCGAAUAAUUGUAGGUGGCUUUUCAAUGGGUGGCGCAUUAGCCCUUCACACUGCAUAUAGAUGGGAACCCAAUGUUGCUGCUGCCUUUGCUUUCAGUUCAUUUCUCAAUGAGAAGUCAGCUGUAUAUCAAGAAUUUAAGAAGAGUGAAAAAGUGCCUCCUCUCCUUCAAAUACAUGGGAAUGUAGAUGACCUUGUACAUUUGUCAUGGGGCCAAACUACAUUUAAUCAAUUAAAAGCUCUGGGUGUUCAAGGAGAAUUCCAUGUGAUGGAUAGAUUGGGGCAUUCAUUAAAUGCAAGAGGCUUGAAUGUGAUAAAAUCUUGGAUAGAAAAACAUUUACCUGAAAUAUAAGUGUUUUGUUAUAGUGCUAUUAUAUUUGCUGUUUGAGGCCAAUGAAAAUAAAUAGAUUUAUAAUUGUUAGCAU